UCAGUUUCUUGGCCGACGCUCGCCGGUUCGGUUCGACUUCGAUCCGAUACAGUAAUAUAUAUAAUAAAAUAUAUAUUUUUCAAAUCUCAACGAGAGUCCACCGGAGCAAGUGUAACAGAAAACAGAAAACAAAAUGUCGGAGCCGUCCGUCUGUCACAAGUGCAAUGAGGUCAUCCAGCAGCGGAUCAUCACAGCUCUAGGCAAGACCUGGCACCCAGAGCACUUCGCCUGCAAGGACUGCCUCCUUCCCAUCACCGAGGCCACCUUCAACAUCCAGGCCGGCGAGCCCGUCUGCUCUGACUGCUUCGUGAAGCUCUACUCCGGCACCUGCCACGGCUGCAAGCAGCCCAUUCUCGAGCGCACCAUCAAGGCCAUGGAACAGUCGUGGCACGAGGAGUGCUUCGUGUGCAACGGUCCCUGUAAGAAGCCGCUGGUGGGCACCUCCUUCUACGAGCGGGAUGGCCACCCCUACUGCCGGACGGACUUCGAGCAGCUAUUCGCCGCCCGCUGCGCCGGGUGCACUCUCCCGAUCACUGACAAUGCUAUCGUCGCCCUGAACGCCAAAUGGCACCGCGACUGCUUCAAGUGCAAGAAAUGCGCCACUCCCAUCACGGCCAGCACCUUCGCCGUGGAGGAGAACAAGCCCCUCUGCACGGAAUGCUCCGGCUAAGAAGCGGAGCCGCAUCCGGAUGCCAGUGUCCGGACACCACACACACGGAACCAUUCGCAUCGAUAUCGAUAUCUAUGUACAUUAUCUACUAUAUAUUUUAACGGUAUUUGUUGUCAUCCAAUUUGUUGAGAACCAGCCCCAGCCAAGGAUGCAAGUAUUGGAGGCCCGAUUUCGCGAUGAAAAUGAAUAAAAAUUGAAAAAUGCGAUUGGCAACUGGAAAAUAGAAAAUGGAUGGACAGGAACACGAAAAGCGCAUUUGAGGUGUGGGCGAGAAACAACAACAACCGACAAAGAAACACAAAGAAAACACUGCUAAUGGAAACUAGAACGUGGAGAAGCAAUUGGAGGACACAAUGUUAAUGCUUAAAAUAAUUUUAAUAAUUUUUAGUUGAAGCACCGCACAAGCGACUGCUGUUUGUCCUUGUCUCUCUUCCUUAACGUCCUGUUCCCCUCUCGCUCUGCUUCUUAUCCCCUCUCCCUCUAUCCUUCUAUCUCUCUCUCGAUAUAUGUAUAUUCUAUGUAUCUUGAUCGUUUUCGGGACAAAGUAUCUGAUAAAUGAUAAAUACAAAUGCAAUUUAAUCUUGAA